AUGUGGGUUGCUAACCUUAAUAGAUUGCCCACAAGAGUUCGUCUUGCCUCUUGGGGUCUUCAGGUUCCACUGACUUGCUGUCUCUGUUCUACGCUUGAAGAAAACCGCGAUCACCUGCUGCUUACUUGCGACUUCAGUAUAGUCGUCUGGAAACUGGCUCUUGCGAGACUUAAGCCUCACCACCUCAUGUUCCAAUCUUGGUUCGAGCUUCUAUCUUGGAUUAGACAAUCCAAUGCGAGUGCCCCUGCACUCCUUAGAAAGGUUGCUGCUCAGGCGACUGUUUUCCAGCUAUGGAAACAGAGAAACAACAUUCUGCAUAACAAUGUCUCUUUACCCCCAGAUGCUAUUUAUAGGUUCAUUGAUCGUGAAGUCCGAAACAUGAUCUCUGCAAAAAGACAUAGGAAAGGCUUUGCUGAUCUUAUGUCCCUCUGGAUUAGAUGA